AUGUCCGACGCGUCAAUGUCGCCGGCCCUCAUGAACCCCCCUGCGGACACUGUGGACACUGGUCUGGGCUAUCCGGGGGACGACGACGACGAGACCGCCACCCGCAACGAGUCGCCCCCGGUCACCACGCCCGCCGACCACGAUGUGCACCCGCCGACCAAGCCGGACCCCGCGGACACCGACAUGGACCCCGUGGAUGGCGCCGUCGCUGCCGAGACCCCUGCCACUGCUGCCCCAGAGCCAGUCGCCGUCGAGGGUCACGUGCAAGAACUCGAACGUAAGCGUGAGCUACCCGUCGAUGAGACUGAGCACGUUGCCAAACGAGCCCGCAGCGACGCCAGUGGGAGCCAGCCUGUGCCCACUCCGCCGUCGUCGAUGCUGCCUGUGGCUAUGGACCCGAACCCACUUGCUGCUUACACCACCUUCCAGGAGCCGCCGCCACCGCCAUACACAGGGCCGACGAUGCUGACACCGACACAACACAAGUUCUGUGUGUCGACGGUGCGGACUCUGAAGCGGCUCAAGGACGCAGUUCCGUUCCUUCGGCCUGUGGAUCCGAUUGCGCUCAACGUCCCCCACUACCCCAUUGUCAUCAAGCGCCCGAUGGACUUCUCGACCAUCGAGACCAAGCUACAGAACAGCAAUCCAAACAAGAACCCAGAGCCCCUGGCACCGCGGUACCGCACAACUGACGACUUUGUGGGCGAUGUGCGCCAGAUCUUCCAGAACUGCUAUCUGUUCAAUGGGCCUGAGCAUUUCAUUAGUUCCCAGGCAAGGCGUCUUGAAGACAUACUCGACAAGCAGCUGAAGCAGAUGCCGGCUGACGAGGAGUCCUCCCGCACUGAGACCCCACCACCCAAAAAGACCCCGGUCCCCCCUGCUCGCCGACUAUAUGCCCCGCCCCAAGCGCGAGAUCCACCCCCGGCCCCCAAAGACCUUCCUUACACGGACCCCGCGUCUGCCAAGCGUCUUCGCAAAGGCAAGGGCCGCAACGGCGAGCGCGAUGACGGCACUGCCGACCAACUGCGCUACUGCAUGAAGAUCCUUCUUGACUUUAACAAGAAGUCUCUUUAUCAAGUAGCCAGUCCCUUUUACGAGCCAGUCGACUCCAACUAUGUCCCCAACUACUACAAGGUCAUCAAGAAGCCUAUGGAUCUGUCCACCAUGCGUCGCAAACUCGAGAGCAACGAGUACCCCAAUGCCAAUGCCUUCCACAACGACUUCAAGUUGAUGAUGCGCAACUGCCAACAGUUCAACCCCCCGGGCACUGUCGUAUACAUUGCCGGGCAAGAGAUGGACCGCAUCUUCAAGGAAAAGUGGAAGAACCUCCCACCCUCCGUCAACCCACUCCCGAAGAGGAAGACGAUGCUGGUAGCAGUGAGGAAGAGGGUAACCGCGAGGACACUGACUGUGAGCUUAUUUCUCACUUCAUGUCUCUUCUUCUCUAACAAUCUCAUUCUAGUGGCCAUCGCCAUGAUGGAGUCUCAGAUUGAGAGCAUCAAGGACAACUUGAACGCCUUGAAGGCCAAGAAGAAGAAGGAAAAGGAAAAGGGGGCCAAGUCCACUGCUUCUCCCGUCGUUCCGCCCAAGGAGAAGAAGCCGGCGCCCGCCCCUGUCCCGAAGAAGGUUCCUCCCAAGAAGCCAGCGACCUACGCUCCUCCUGCUUAUCAACCCUCGCCCGGCCCGAGCCGUCGCACCGGAACCGGAACUGGCUCGGAUACGGAGAAGAACAUUUCGACCAUGUCCUUUGAGCAAAAGAAGGAGCUCUCCACUACCAUUGAAUCUCUCAGCGGCGACAAGCUCGAACGGUCAUUCAAAUCAUCUAUGAGGUCGAGCGAAGAGAUCGAGCUGGAUAUCGAAUCUCUGACUCCAGCGGUAUUGACCAAGCUCUGGAACUUUGUUGUCAAACCCCAACAACAAAAGCGUGCUGCCGGCGCAGCGGCAACGGGCGGUGUCAAGCGCAAGAGCAUGGACGAAGAGGUCGAGAGUGCUCGAAUUCGCAAACUCCAGGAGCAACUGAAUAAGUUUGAUCCUGGUGCUGCUGCCGCCAUGGCCAACGAGAACUAUGAUGACGAUGCCCGUUCGUCCAAUGGCUCGGGAUCGGACUCGGACUCGGGCAGCGACUCGGACUGA